AUGAUACAUUCCGACUACAUUGGAGUAGUUUGGAAAACGAGUAGAUUGGCUAAAGUCAAAAUUUUCUGUGCCGCAGCCUCUGCUGCGGGAGAGAAAUAUGCAAGUCCUCAAGUGACAACUGCCAUUGGCCAUGAAGGAGUAUACUUCCUCAUGCUUGGAACACGUCAUCUCCCAUACGAUUGUGUUUCUAUAAAUGUAACGGCGGUGUUUCCUAAGAUCGCUAUUCAUUAUCGAGUUACAAAGUAUAUUGCAUCAAUCAGAGUAAAUGAGACCUACAACGGAGUAGCUCUUAUUCAUAAAGACGUACGAGGCGUAGAAAGUACUAUUGAAUGGAUUAAAAAUGAAUCAGGGCGCAGAGAGGAAACCCAGGUUUUGUACACCGAAAAAGAAAACAGGUGCUUUGUAUUGUUCUACACCGAUACUAGUGAUUAUGAACUCUGGGUAAAUACAAACGAGACCAACUUCCUUCCCAGAUGCUGCGAGUUUGCUUUCGAGUUCGUCACCUACGAAGUGCCGACGUACAUUAACUUCAAUUACACAAUCUGUAAACGCGUCGUGUAG